AUGGAUCAUUCUAGAUUCCAGCAACAAUGUUGCACUUUCAUCAUCUUCAUCACUAUUUUCCUUACAGGACUCGCAACAAAAUCCGAAUCAAUCGGUAUAAACUACGGCCAAAUAGCGAACAACCUACCUUCACCGGAAAACGUAGUAUCACUGAUAAAAUGCGUCGGAGCAACGAAAGUGAAACUCUACGACGCAGAUCCAAAGGUUCUAAAAGCAUUCGCCAACACUGGAGUCGAAUUCAUGGUUGGUUUAGGAAACGAAUAUCUCUCCAAAAUGAAAGAUCCAAACAAAGCCCAAACAUGGAUCAAAACUAAUCUUCUGCCCUAUCUUCCAUCCACGAAAAUCACUUCCAUUUUCGUAGGAAACGAAGUUCUAACCUUCAACGAUUCUUCACUUACUUCAUGUCUUCUCCCAGCAAUGCAAAGCGUUCACACUGCACUAGUUAAUCUCGGACUUCAGAAACAAAUAACCGUCACCACAACUCAUUCUCUAGCGGUUCUUCAAACUUCUUAUCCGCCGUCUUCCGGAACGUUCCGUCCUGACCUAGCUCCAUGCCUAGCUCCGAUCUUGAGCUUCCAAGACAAAACCGGAUCUCCGUUUUUGAUAAACGCGUAUCCGUACUUUGCUUAUAAGGAUAAUCCGAAGCAGAUUUCGUUGGAUUACGUUUUGUUUCAACCGAAUCAAGGAAUGGUGGAUCCGUCUACGAAUCUACAUUACGAUAACAUGCUCUUCGCGCAGAUCGAUGCUGUUUACUCGGCGUUGGGGAAGUUAGGUUACGGCAAACUUCCGGUGCACAUUUCCGAAACCGGUUGGCCGUCGAAAGGAGAUGAAGAUGAAGUUGGUGCAACGGCUGAGAAUGCGAGAAAGUAUAACGGAAAUGUGAUGAAGUUGAGUAGCAAGAAAGGAACGCCGUUGAAACCUGAAUCUGAUUUGAAUAUUUACCUUUUUGCCCUUUUCAAUGAGAAUAUGAAACCUGGACCAACUUCAGAGAGGAAUUAUGGAUUGUUUAAGCCUGAUGGUAGUCCUGCUUAUAACCUUGGAUUUUCUUUGUCUUCUUCGUCUUCUUCUACUUCGAGUCCGCCUUCAAAUGACGCCGUUAAAAAUGGUACUAGUGGAUCUGGUGCUGGUGCGCCGCCGCAGCCUCCCACGUCCUCCAGCGGGUAUUUGGCCAUUUCCUCUGCUACUUCACUGGAAAGAUACCAUUUGAUGUGUCUUUCUUUAUCCUUUCUGCUGCCAUUGUUGAUGAAUUUGAAGUUUUGA